ACUGCACCCACCCACACCCGGCAAGGGGAGAGGGGCCCCAUUGGGGGCUUCAGGUCUAGAUUGCAUCUUUGGCUGAGCAAGGCAGGCAAAGAUUGGCGGGUAGAUGCGCCUCUCCAGCGUCAUAAUUGCUGCUUCUUACAGCAUUGGGUGACGCUAAAAAAGGGAUAUCUCCCAUGUAUGUAAUUCGAGCACCCGAAAGCAGCAAUUUGGCAGAAGCUUCUUCUCUCCCGGCACGCCGCCAAAAAAAGGGCCCGUUCAAUGACGUCAACAUGAUUUUUUUCGCAUGUCACCCGUAUCCAGAGCAUCUACCUAGUAUUGCCAUCGAAAGCGUCAUAUCGUCACCCUCAAAACAAACCAAUGCGCGGGCUCCCUCCCUGAAAGCGUCAAACAUUCAUUGUUCCCCAAUUCUCUGCCCUCCUCGGUGCUUCUGCUCCGCCGUGCCAGACAUGCAUCCCAUUCUCUCACCUCUUCUUCUGCUUUGUUGCGGUAAGGCUGCUCUUCUGCUUCCUAUACGCCAGCUUCGCGGCAGCCAGAGUGGGCCCCCCCUUGACGUAUGCAUGCACCAACCCUGGUCCCUGGAAAUCUUGAUUUUUGGGAGUACGUACAGCAGGUACUACCGUAUUACCUCGCUUUUUUCGACGAUAAAUAUAAGUGGGUAUUGUGGAUGUACCUUCCUGGUGAAAUACGCCUAGGCUAUAGGGGGAAAGGUCUAUUUAGGUACUAGUACUUUAACUUUACUAGAUUUCUUAAUUAUUAGCUAGGUUAUAAAAGGGUAAUAGGAUUAUAAUGUAGCUAACUUAGUGUUUAAGAC